UGAGGUACAGAGGUGGGGGGGAGGAGACGCUGACAAACCAAGAUGGCGGUGGCAGCGAUGAAACCUGCGGCGACUGGGACAUAACUGUAGCAGUGAAGGCUUCAAUAGUUGGGAGGCAGCGGUAGGGUGUGGAAGAAACGAAACAGGACUAAAAACCGGUAAUCGAAACCUCAGCCUGAGACUUUUAGAGCACGGCACCCGCCCCCCUAAGCCCUUGACGGGCGGUGGCCGUCCUGCUUAGGGCCUAGACUCCGAGAAGUGCCUCGGUUUCAGACAGCGGCGGCGCCAUGAGUCCUUAAGGGCGGCCUGAGCCCUCCGGAUCUCUGGCCCAGCCCUCGGGCCCACCAUGGAGCUGGGGUCCGACGAUUUCCUACCACCGCCGGAGUGUCCGGUGUUCGAGCCUAGCUGGGCCGAGUUCCGAGACCCUCUUGGCUACAUCGCGAAAAUCAGACCCAUCGCUGAGAAGUCCGGCAUUUGCAAGAUCCGCCCACCCGCGGACUGGCAGCCACCCUUUGCUGUGGAAGUGGAUAACUUCAGGUUUACUCCCAGAAUCCAGAGGUUGAAUGAGCUGGAGGCCCAGACAAGAGUGAAACUGAACUAUUUGGACCAGAUUGCCAAAUUCUGGGAGAUCCAGGGCUCAUCCUUAAAGAUUCCCAAUGUAGAACGACGGAUCUUGGACCUCUAUAGCCUCAGCAAAAUUGUGGUGGAAGAAGGUGGUUAUGAAACUAUCUGCAAGGACCGUCGAUGGGCCCGUGUGGCUCAGCGCCUCAACUACCCACCUGGCAAAAACAUUGGUUCCUUGCUACGUUCUCACUAUGAACGCAUUGUUUAUCCUUAUGAAAUGUACCAGUCCGGAGCAAACCUUGUGGUAAGGAUGCCAGGCUGUAGUAGUGAAGUAAGGAGGUCUUGAUCUGUGGGUACAUAU